AGGAGGCUCCAUCCCAGCAGGCUGCAGAAAGGGGCUCGAGGUGUGUGGGACAGAUCUCGUCUUCCCGGCUGCCGGCCGCGGGCGAGGUUUCCUGCAGGAAUCCUGGGAAUGGGCUCAGCCAUGGGCACGUGGUUGCCGCUCUUGGUGCUGCUGGUGGCAGCCCCGGCGGAGGCGGCGGCGCCGCGGCACCGCCCGGUGCUGCCGGACACGGCGGGCAGCGGGGACGGGGACGAGGCCUCAGCCACGCUGCCCGCCCAGCCCGUGACCCCCCGCGUCAGCCCCACCGUGGGGGCGGCACCGGGGACCACCGUGACCAACAGCUCGGCGCCGGGCGUGCUGGACGGGCUGGUGGACUUCUUCAAGGAGUACCUGCUGCUGGUGGUGGUGGUGGGCUCGCUGUCCUUCGUCCUCCUCUUCAUCAUCUGCGCCGCCGUCAUCGUCCGGCAGAAGCACAAGGCCUCUGCCUACUAUCCCUCCUCCUUCCCCAAGAAGAAAUACGUGGAUGAGCGGGACAAGUCGGGGGGAGCGCGGGACUUCAGCGAGGUGCCCGACAAAGCCCCCGAGGCCGGCGCGGAGGAGCCGCUGGACGGCGGCCGCCAGCUCCAGGCCGACAUCCUGGCUGCUGCCCAGAACCUCAAAUCCCCCCACAAGGCACCGCUGGCCAACGGAGCCCAGGGCGAGCAGAAUGCCCCUCAGGAGGAGGAGGAGAAGGAGGAAGAGGAGGAAGGAAAGAAGUUGGGGGAUGAGCAACCCAAGCCCCGUGCCCAAAAUGCGGGUGCGGAGGAAGCGGCAAGCGCGGGAAGCAAGGAUGGAGGAUGCAGCCCUGCUGCCUGCCAGGAUGGCUCCCAGGCUCCCUCUGGAAUCUGAGGCAGGGACACGGUCCCGGGCAAGCCUGAGGAGCUGCUGCCCUGGGACACACGAUGGACAGGGUGGAUCAGGCUCUGUAUGUACGUGGUGGCUCAAGGAAGCCCCGAUGAAGAUGCCGUUCCCUCCCAGCUGCCCCGACCCUGGUGCUGAUGGGAUGCUCAUGGGGGGGAUUUGCCAGCUGGUGGUUUUCCCCAGCACUGGAACGCUGUCAGCCCCAGCUCCUGCUGCCCAAGGGGCUUCUCCCACCCCAGGCACUGCAGCUCUGCCCCCCCUGUGCCAAGAGCUUCCUGUCAAAUGUCAUUUUAAUCAUCAGCAGCAGCCUGGUCUGUGCCGGGCUCCUGGCUGGGAGCUGUGUCCCUCUGGGAGAAGGGAUGGGACCAGGGCUGGAAGUCUGUGGGAUAUGGGUCAGCUUUGCCCAAGGCCACCCAAGGGAGAGGGAUGAGGAUUUAGGGACAAGGAUUCUCCUUUCCUUCUUCCACCCCAGAUCCCAGCUGGAUUUUUCCUCCCUUCCUGAACCCCUUCAGCUAGAAAUAAACGUUUCCUCCGCACA